AUGGCUCCUUUUGAUACUCAGCCUAUCAAGUCACUCCCAGCACCCAGGGAUGGGAAUAUCGUCGUCCGCAGUUACCAGUCUGGGUCCAUGGAUCGUCAUACCAUCAUCGAUGUCAUUAUUAUAACCGUGAUAUUCAUUGCACUCCUUCUAUCACUCUCUGCCUUAGCAUGCUUCCGACCUACAUCGUUGAACUCGCUUCGCGCAGUCCCAGUUCGUGGCACUUCUGUGCCCAUCCUCAACACAGCCACGCCAAUGCGUUCGACUGCAACCGCUGGACGCAGCAUUCACUACUCCAGGCAUAUAUUGAUGAUGUCAUUCAUAUUACACAACUGGUGGGCACGUACAUUUCACGAUGGCAUUCCCCGGUCUGUAAAUACUGCGCACCACGAACCAACUCUAUUUCGUGCUUCCCCCCGUGCCUCAUCGGCAGUCAUAGGCACGGAGUUUUAUUCUCGCUCACCGAGCUUCACCACUUUUGCACCCACUUCUCAAUCGGAGGCACCCAGCAUCGUCAACACUUUCGUUGACAGUGGAGACGUGGAGCUUCAUGUGCUUGAUGGCAGUAAAUCCCUGAACACACCCUCAUUAGCAGCAGCCGACGACGCAGACAUUGCUGAUAACCGAGUUGUCAUGCUGUCUGAUACAGAGUUCAUCGUCCCCAUAGACGCGAAGCCUGAGGCACCUGAUCCAUCUUGA